CCUACCAGCAAAACAAGUAACAGCCCAAAGAAGAGGUCAAGGAAUGCCUGCAGCAAGCAGUGCAAGUGCAUCUCACUUUUCAGAUCCCCCGGGUAUAACCACUAUAACUCCACCAGUGCCAGCCCAAGAAAAAAGUCAAACAUCUCAAAGUACAGGGCAGUUCCAACCAAUUUCUCCAAAGACCACUACAGAUGGAUCUUAUAUUUCUGAUGCGGAUGUGUCAGGCAUAACCUUACCAGCAAAACCAGUAACAGCCCAAAGAAAAGUGCAAGGCAUGCCUGCAGUGACCAAUCCAAGUGCAUCUAACAUUUCAGAUCACCCGGGUAUAACCAUACCACCUCCACCAGUGCCAGCGCAAGGAAAAAGUCAAACAUCUCAAAGUCCAGGGCAGUUCCAACCAAUUUCUCCAAAGACCACUACAGAUGGAUCUUAUAUUUCUGAUGCGGCUGUUUCAGGCAUAACCUUACCAGCAAAACCAGUAACAGCCCAAAGAAAAGUGCAAGGCAUCCCUGCAGUGACCAAUCCAAGUGCAUCUAACAUUUCAGAUCUCCCGGCUAUAACCAUACCACCUCCACCAGUGCCAGCGCGAGGAAAAAGUCAAACAUCUCAAAGUACAGGGCAGUUCCAACCAAUGUCUCCAAAGACCACUACAGAUGGAUCUUAUAUUUCUGAUGCGGAUGUGUCAGGCAUAACCGUACCAGCAAAACCAGUAACAGCCCAAAGAAAAGUGCAAGGAAUGCCUGCAGUGACCAAUCCAAGUGCAUCUAACAUUUCAGAUCUCCCUGGUAUAACCAUACCACCUCCACCAGUGCCAGCGCAAGGAAAAAGUCAAACAUCUCAAAGUCCAGGGCAGUUCCAACCAAUUUCUCCAAAGACAACUACAGAUGGAUCUUAUAUUUCUGAUGCGGAUGUGUCAGGCAUAACCGUACCAGCAAAACCAGUAACAGCCCAAAGAAAAGUGCAAGGAAUGCCUGCAGUGACCAAUCUAAGUGCAUCUAACAUUUCAGAUCUCCCGGGUAUAACCAUACCACCUCCACCAGUGCCAGCACAAGGAAAAAGUCAAACAUCUCAAAGUCCAGGGCAGUUCCAACCAAUUUCUCCAAAGACAACUACAGACGGAUCUUAUAUUUCUGAUGCGGAUGUGUCAGGCAUAACCGUACCAGCAAAACCAGUAACAGCCCAAAGAACAGUGCAAGGAAUACCUGCAGUGACCAAUCCAAGUGCAUCUAACAUUUCAGAUCUCCCGGGUAUAACCAUACCACCUCCACCAGUGCCAGCGCAAGGAAAAAGUCAAACAUCUCCAAGUCCAGGGCAGUUCCAACCAAUUUCUCCAAAGACCACUACAGAUGGAUCUUAUAUUUCUGAUGCGGCUGUUUCAGGCAUAACCUUACCAGCAAAACCAGUAACAGCCCAAAGAAAAGUGCAAGGCAUGCCUGCAGUGACCAAUCCAAGUGCAUCUAACAUUUCAGAUCUCCCGGGUAUAACCAUACCACCUCCACCAGUGCCAGUGCGAGGAAAAAGUCAAACAUCUCAAAGUACAGGGCAGUUCCAACCAAUGUCUCCAAAGACCACUACAGAUGGAUCUUAUAUUUCUGAUGCGGAUGUGUCAGGCAAAACCUUACCAGCAAAACCAGUAACAGCCCAAAGAAAAGUGCAAGGAAUGCCUGCAGUGACCAAUCCAAGUGCAUCUAACAUUUCAGAUCUCCCUGGUAUAACCAUACCACCUCCACCAGUGCCAGCGCAAGGAAAAAGUCAAACAUCUCAAAGUCCAGGGCAGUUCCAACCAAUUUCUCCAAAGACAACCUCAGAUAGAUCUUAUAUUUCUGAUCUCCCGGGUAUAACCAUACCACCUCCACCAGUGCCAGUGCAAGGAAAAAGUCAAACAUCUCAAAGUACAGGGCAGUUCCAACCAAUUUCUCCAAAGACAACUACAGAUGGAUCUUAUAUUUCCGAUGCGGAUGUGUCAGGCAUAACCUUACCAGCAAAACCAGUAACAGCCCAAAGAAAUGUGCAAGGAAUGCCUGCAGUGACCAAUCCAAGUGCAUCUAACAUUUCAGAUCUCCCGGGUAUAACCAUAUCACCUCCACCAGUGCCAGAGCAAGGAAAAAGUCAAACAUCUCCAAGUCCAGGGCAGUUCCAACCAAUUUCUUCAAAGACCACUACAGAUGGAUCUUAUAUUUCGGAUGCGGAUGUGUCAGGCAUAACCUUACCAGCAAAACCAGUAACAGCCCGAAGAAAAGUGCAAGGAAUGCCUGCAGUGACCAAUCCAAGUGCAUCUAACAUUUCAGAUCUCCCGGGUAUAACCAUACCACCUCCACCAGUGCCAGCGCAAGGAAAAAGUCAAACAUCUCAAAGUACAGGGCAGUUCCAACCAAUUUCUCCAAAGACAACUACAGAUGGAUCUUAUAUUUCUGAUGCGGAUGUGUCAGGCAUAACCUUACCAGCAAAACCAGUAACAGCCCAAAGAAAAGUGCAAGGAAUGCCUGCAGUGACCAAUCCAAGUGCAUCUAACAUUUCAGAUCUCCCGGGUAUAACCAUACCACCUCCACCAGUGCCAGCGCAAGGAAAAAGUCAAACAUCUCAAAGUACAGGGCAGUUCCAACCAAUUUCUCCAAAGACAACUACAGAUGGAUCUUAUAUUUCCGAUGCGGAUGUGUCAGGCAUAACCUUACCAGCAAAACCAGUAACAGCCCAAAGAAAAGUGCAAGGAAUGCCUGCAGUGACCAAUCCAAGUGCAUCUAACAUUUCAGAUCUCCCGGGUAUAACCAUACCACCUCCACCAGUGCCAGCGCAAGGAAAAAGUCAAACAUCUCAAAGUACAGGGCAGUUCCAACCAAUUUCUCCGAAGACAACUACAGAUGGAUCUUAUAUUUCCGAUGCGGAUGUGUCAGGCAUAACCUUACCAGCAAAACCAGUAACAGCCCAAAGAAAAGUGCAAGAAAUGCCUGCAGUGACCAAUCCAAGUGCAUCUAACAUUUCAGAUCUCCCGGGCAUAACCAUACCACCUCCACCAGUGCCAGCGCAAGGAAAAAGUCAAAUAUCUCAAAGUACAGGGCAGUUCCAACCAAUUUCUCCAAAGACCACUACAGAUGGAUCUUAUAUUUCUGAUGCGGAUGUGUCAGGCAUAACCUUACCAGCAAAACCAGUAACAGCCCGAAGAAAAGUGCAAGGAAUGCCUGCAGUGACCAAUCCAAGUGCAUCUAACAUUUCAGAUCUCCCGGGUAUAAUCACGCUAACUCCACCAGGGCCAGCGCAAGGAAAAAGUGAAUCAUCUCAAAGUCCAGGGCAGUUCCAACCAAUUUCUCCAAAGACCACUACAGAUGGAUCUUAUAUUUCUGAUGCGGAUGUGUCAGGCACAACCUUACCAGCAAACCCAGUAACAGUCCAAAGAAAAGUUCAAGGAAUGCCUGCAGUGACCAAUCCAAGUGCAUCUCACAUUUCAGAUCUGCCUGGUAUAACCACUCCAAGACCACCAGUGCCAGCGCAUGGAAAAAGUCAAACAUCUCAAAGUCCAGGGCAGUUGCAACAAAUUUCACCAGUGACCAAUACAGAUGGAUCUUAUAUUUCUGAUGCGGAUGUGUCAGGCACAACCUUACCAGCAAACCCAGUAACAGUCCAAAGAAAAGUUCAAGGAAUGCCUGCAGUGACCAAUCCAAGUGCAUCUCACAUUUCAGAUUCAAAGGUGGCAGGCAAAACCACACCAGCGCAACAAGUUCCAAUCCAAAAAAAAAGUCAACCAUCGCAAAAUCCAGGACAGUUCCCAAGAAUUCCGGCGGUAGCCAAUGCACAAGGAUCAAAAAUUCCUGGUCUGUCAGGUAUGACCACCCCAACACCACCAGUGCCAGACCUAAGAAAAAGCCAAAUAUAUCAAAGUCCGGGACAGUCGCAACAAACUUCACCAGCAACCGAUGAAGAUGGAUCUGCAUCUGCAUCUGUUACGCUGGAAACUAAUGAGCCGACUUCAAGUUUGAACUCACAGAAUCAUUCUCUUGAAGUGCUGCCUCCAAGGAAAAAAGCUAUCACACCAGGUGCUUUUCAUCAGAAUACUCCUGGCUCCAAGGCAUGCAAACAUGCCAGCUCAAGUGUUGCUCUUGUCAUCGCGAUGGCAUCUGUAGUAGUUUGGUACACUAAUGCUCUUUCGGCAUGGUGCUAGUCAGAUAUACACAUACCACUGUUGAUCCACUACGUAUUGUGCUAUCCAGUAAUUUUCUUUCUAUAUUCUUCAUUAUUUUUGUUACGAUACAGUAUCUGAUGCUCCGCAUGCAGCAUGAUCCUUGCCCUAUAUGUACGGACAAGGAGCCUUCACAGAGCACCAGUAUUGCACGUAGCAGCCCAUGCAUGCUUUGAAUUCAAAUCUGCAUAAUAGUAUCUACUCUCUAGUGCGCUGUUGCCUCUGUGUGACUUGUAGCAAGUGCUGAAACUGCUGACUACACCUCUCUUCCUCUAUCCUCAUUCCUGCCUAGCUAGGUCUGCAGAAACACAAGCCUUUUGACGAGCUACUUUGUCAAUAUCGUUUUCGAAGACAUCGACGUUUACUUUGAAGCUCUUGUACAUCAAGAGCCACUAUCCUGCAUCGUGAAAAAUCUGUACUUGAAAACUCAACAAUGUUCUUUCUUCAAUUUCCAUUUUCUUUUUCUUGUUUCUUUUCUUCUUCGCAAUUCUAUUCUUCAAGGCAGUUUGAAAGAUGUGUCCUACU